AUGAAUGAUGCAAGAGCUCCUCACGGGGGGGACUGGGACUGGGCGUCAAAUGGAGUAGUCGUGUUUUUUUUGUCGCUCCGACGCUGCCUUGCCGUUUCACUAUGUCAGUUUCAGGAAAUUAGCCAAAUCAGCCUCAAACUAUUUAGAGAAUCUUUGCUUUUCCUUUCCGUUAUGCCCAACGAAAAGCGAGCGAGACAAGAGAAUUGCUUAAGCAGUGAAGAUGAAAGAACGCCACCACAUAAACAUGAGGCCGGCGCCGCCAUCUUGGAAAGCAUACACGAAAAGCUAAAGAAGCUAGACGUGCUUGAACAAAUAAACGGAAGACUGCUGAAGAUUGAAAAUACCGUAGGUGACAUGGAAAGAGGACUUAACUCUAUGACAGCAGAACUGCAGAAGGUAAAAACGGAUUUAGACUCAAAAGCAGAUAACGCCACUGUCGAUGCGCUGAAGGAUGAAAUCGAAGAAUUACAAAACAGGUCAAGAAGGAACAACUUAGUCUUCUACAAUAUACCAGAGAAAGCCGAAAAAGGAGAUUGCAUCUCUUUUGUACAGGAUUUUAUUACGCAGCAUAUGGGCCUUGAAACGAUAUGUGGCCAUGUUGAGCUGGAAAGGGCACACCGCACGCCAAGCAAAACGCCUUCUGCUGGUGAAAAGGGUCCCAGACCAAUGCACGUCGCUUUUCUUCGAUACACGGAUAAGAUGAAGGUACUAAGGAAUGCCGCCGCUCGUCUAAAGGAUAACCCGUUAAACGGAAAUGCCAUCGGUAUAAGUGAGGAUUUCGCCAAAAAAACCCAGCGGCGGAGGCAAGAGCUCGUGCCCUACAGAAAGUUUCUAAAGAAGAAACUCGGAGACGACCGGAAAGUCUACAUCGCAUAUCCUGCAAUACUCAAAUAUGUCGAUGCCAAUGGCCGUCACAGAAUCGUAGGAACAGAAGAACUAGCAAAACUACGCCAUGAAAUGGAAGAGGCAAAGAGUUAACCUAGCAACGCCGUCGGAGUGAUACUGACCAACAACAACUUUAAUCUCACAUUCUACCCAUUGUUGGAGUUAAAAGAACUUCACAGGCAAUGCCUUUAAUUUGUUUCAUAAAAGGUAAUUUUCGUUUUUAUGUUGUAAGUGAUGCAAUGUAUUAAUCGUUGGAAUCUUAAUUCUUAAUUGUAAUUUUUUGUAACCUUAAAUUUUGUAGUGAAAGUGUUGUAAGUGAUGUAGUGGUAAUAAAGAUCUAAAAUUAAAAAAAAAAAAAAAGAGCUCCUCACGGGAAGGUUUGGCGUAAGCGAAAUGAAGGACUCACAUAUACUGCGGAGGGUUCUCAUGUCGGCUCAGGGGGGAGAGUUGUAAAAAUGAUUGUAGCUAUAUCAUACGGAAAGGGUGUUAUUUAUUGCGAACAGUAUGAUAAGCUGGAUGGCAAUUUUGUGGAGGAUUUUGUGCGAAGAAAUUUCCCUAAAAUGUUAAGAAAGAGCGGAAAACGUGGCUCGAAGCUGUUUGUGCAAGAUAAUUGUCCUAUUUUGAACUGUGCAAAGGCGAGA